GACCGGUCACUCGGUGCUCACGCUCUCCCUCAUCCUCAUCAUCACUUUGCUCCCUCUGAGGAGGAAGAGGGCAACAUGAGUGAAGGUAGCAGCGCUCUGCUCAGCAGGCUGCAGCAGCUGCAGUGUCACUUCACCUGGGAUCUGAAGAAGGAGGACGUGGACCUGGAAAACCUGAGCACCCGACUGCAGGAGCACAUAAAACUUCAGCUCGGGCAGCGCGGGGCAGUGACUCGGUCUUACAGCUAUUUGGCUUAUGUCAGGUAUCUUCAGGACCAACGAGAGGAAGCGCUGUCACUUCUAAACCAAUCAGAGGAGACCAUCAGGGAGAGUUAUGGUGAUGAGAGUGAGAGGCGGCUCAUUGUGACAUAUGGAGACAUGGCCUGGCUGAAAUACCACACCGGAGACUACGCACAGUCACAGAGCUACUGCCAGAGAGUUGAGGACAUCCUGUCAAACCAUCCCACUGGUUCCUCAACAAGGCUCCUUCCAGAGGUGUACGGAGAACAAGCCUGGACCUAUCUUAAGUUUUCGAGGUCUUCUCUUUCCAAAGCCAUCGACUGUUUCCGUAAAGCACUUGAGGUACAGACUCACGACAGUGAGUGGAACGCCGGCUACGCCAUCGCCCUCUUUCGCACAGAACAGAGGACUUUGGAAAACUUAAAGAAAGGUGAAGAGUCCCCGGCCAUCACACAGCUUCGCUUGGCCCUGGAGAUCAACCCUGAUGAUGCAGUCCUGCAGUCCAUGCUGGCUGUGAAGCUGGGGGCCUAUAAGGAAUACCAAGAAGCUGAGGAACUGUUGAAUAAAGCACUGAAAACUGAUCCUGAUAAUCCUCAUGUCAACCGCUAUAUAGGAAAACACUUUCGUAAUCAGAAUCGACUGGAUGAGUCUAUUGAUAUGUUGGAGCGAGCACUGAAGCGGGCCGAUCAAUCCCCUUUCAUCCACCACCAGCUGGCUCUGUGCUACAAGAUGAAGAAAAUUGCAGAGCAGAGCCGCCGGCCCAACAGCGACCAGAGAGCGGUGCGGUACUGGAGGCGUCGUUGUAUCCAUCACCUUAAAGUUGCUGUGGAGAUAAGGCCGUCCUUUGUCCUGGCAUUGACUGAUCUGGCACAGCUGUAUGCAGAGCAAAGGGAUUUGAGCAGGGCUGAGGAGAUUUUCCAGCAGUGCUUGAAGCUAGCAGAGUCGGAGAAAAGCCUUUUUCAGACUGUCCAUCAGCGCUACGGUGACUUUUUCUUCUUUAACAAAAAAACCGAGGCUGAAGCCAUCGCCCACUACACUCAGGCUCUGCUGUUACCACCCUGCAAGUAUGAGUGGAGACAGUGCGCUAAGAGACUGAAGCAGAUCGCUGACAGACGUCUGACAAAGACGCGGCGUGAUGGUCAGGCGCUCGCUCUGCUGGGUCUGGUGGCCAGAGCUGAGGGUGACAGGAAGAAGGCUGCUGAGUUUUAUGAGGAAGCUCUGAACUGUGAUGAGGACAAUGAAGAGUACCUGUGUGCUGUGUGCGAGCUGCGCCUGGAGCUGCAGUGAAAGCGCUGAUGCUGAGUUAGAGCUGCAGGCUCAGGACCGCCGUGGCUGCUCCUGGCUCAUUAAAUGCUGAUUUUUCCCUCAUGUCUCUGUGUCUUUGAAAGCAGCUUUCUCACAUUUAUGUUUGUGUGAUGAUGAAGAGAAA